AUGUUGUUCAUGAUCAUUACAGUAACCUUGCGUUUUCUAUCAGCGGUGGACGAGCGAAUUGUUCCUAUUACGGAUCCAGAAAGCAAUUAUGGUCAAUAUCUAGCCAAUCUUCCACCUGAAUGUCAUCAAUAUAUAGUACCCAUCGAGAUUGCGGAUACUGCAUCGAAAACUGCAUUACAAUACGAGACUACACUUCGUACAACAUUAUGCCCAGAGCAAAUAGGACGUUUACCAAGAUUUGAUAUACUAUUUCUUGGAAUGGGGCCAGAUGGUCAUACUUGUAGUCUUUUUCCUAAUCACAGACUCCUUCAAAAGAAUGACCUGUUAACAUGGGUGAUUGCCAUCAAUGACUCACCCAAACCACCGUCUCAACGAGUUUCUCUCACCCUUCCUGUUCUUAAUGCUGCCAAAAAUGUUGCGUUCAUUAUCACUGGAGAAGAGAAGGCUUCGAUGGUCAAGAGUGUCCUUGAUUCUGAAGUCCAGCAUGUGCCCGCCUCCUUUGUGCGGCCAUUCAGCAAGAAAAUUCGCUUUUUUCUUGAUAAGGAUGCAGCAAGUAAAUUGUAG